GCCGCCUCCAAGAUGCCCGGGCAGCGGCGGGGAGGCUGCCGCAGCCCGCUGGUAAGGGGGGGGGGACACCGAGACCGCGUGGGGGGGCACUGCGGGGAAAAAAAGGGGGGCAGCCCCGCCCUGGGUUUUUUAGGGGUUCCUGGAGGGUUUAUGGGGCUCCUCCAUCCGGUUAUAGGGCGGGCGGCUCCGUGCUUCCGUGCCGGCCCUUUUACCCCGGAACCGUCCCGCUGCCUUUUUGAUUUAAUUAAUAUUUUUGGGGGGGGGUGCCGGUUUUUCCCCGUAGCCGUUCCGCGGGGUUCGGCCGUGAGAUCCGCGCUCCCGCCGCCCCCCCCCUCCCCCCGAUCCGCUGAAGUUGAAAUGGAAGCGGACGCCGAAAAGAGCUCUCCCGGCUCCCCAAAAGCGCAGCGGAGCGCGGAGAAAUGCGCACCGGGCAUCGCGGGCGCUGCGCUGAGCUCCGUGCGGCGCUGCCGGUCCCGAAGGGCAGCGCCGGGUGGGUGCUACAAAACGCGCCCCAACGCCGCACGGUGCCCCAACCCGCUCCCCGUUUCCCCCCCGCCUCCACCCCCGGCCCGGAGGGUCCCGCAGCGCUGCGGGGUUUGUGCGGGGUGUGAGAUGCGGGAGGCGCUGCCGGGCGGCUGCAGGUGCUCCGUGCUGCGUUCCGGGCUCGGGUUUUUUUCCCCCCCUCCGCUUUCAAGAGCGCUCCUCGCUCGGCUGCAAAACGCUGAGGGGGGGGUUCGGCCGGCACGGAGGGAUUUGCGUUCCUCGAGGCCGCCCAUGGGAAGUACGCAGCGAUGAGGAGGAGGAGGAAGGCUGAAGGGAAGCUGCCUCGGCCGGGGCAGGUGCUGGCGGGGCUCCGGAGCUCCGAGCGUGCCGCCUCGGAUCCGUGUGUUGCUGUUGGUGUGCCGGCAGGCGGCAUGGGAUCGUCCCCGGAGCGCGAGAGAUGGGUCACAGACCAGCUUCCCGGGGUUUUGAAGCUGGAUUGGGAUCGUUUUAACUAAAGAUGGAAACACUGGAGUCCGAAUUGACCUGCCCAAUCUGCCUGGAGUUAUUCGAAGACCCUCUGCUUCUGCCCUGCGCCCACAGCCUGUGCUUCAGCUGCGCCCACCGCAUCCUGCUGUCCGGCUGCUCCUCCGGCGAGAGCAUCGAGCCCCUGAGCGCCUUCCAGUGCCCCACCUGCCGCUAUGUCAUCUCCCUCAACCACCGCGGCCUGGAGGGUCUCAAGAGGAAUGUGACGCUGCAGAACAUCAUCGACCGCUUCCAGAAGGCGUCGCUCAGCGGCCCCAACUCCCCCAGCGAGAGCCGCCGCGAUCGGCCCUACCGCCCCAACCCCAGCAUGUCGGUGGGCGGCGAGAGGAUCGCCUGCCAGUUCUGCGAGCAGGACCCGCCGCGGGAUGCCGUCAAGACCUGCAUCACCUGCGAGGUGUCCUACUGUGACCGCUGCCUGCGGGCCACGCACCCCAACAAGAAGCCCUUCACCAGCCACCGCCUGGUGGAACCCGUGCCCGACGCGCACUUCCGAGGCCUCACCUGCCUGGAGCACGAGAACGAGAAGGUGAACAUGUACUGCGUGGCUGACGACCAGCUCAUCUGUGCCUUAUGUAAACUGGUGGGGCGGCACCGGGAUCACCAAGUGGCGUCGCUCAGCGACCGCUUCGAGAAGCUCAAGCAAACCCUGGAGACGAACCUCACCAACCUGGUUAAACGCAACAGCGAACUGGAGAACCAGAUGGCCAAACUGAUCCAGAUCUGCCAGCAAGUGGAGGUGAACACAGCCAUGCACGAGGCCAAGCUGAUGGAGGAGUGCGACGAGCUGAUGGAGAUCAUCCGCCAGCGUAAGCAGGUCAUCGCCGUCAAGAUCAAGGAGACGAAGGUGAUGAAGCUGAGGAAGCUGGCCCAGCAGGUCGCCAACUGCCGGCAGUGCCUCGAGCGCUCCACGGUCCUCAUCAACCAGGCAGAGCACAUCCUGAAGGAGAACGACCACGCUCGCUUCCUGCAGACAGCCCGGAACGUGGCAGAGAGGGUCGCCAUGGCAACCGCAUCCUCUCAAGUUCUGAUACCAGAUAUCAAUUUUAAUGACGCCUUUGAAAACUUCGCCUUGGAUUUUUCCAGAGAGAAGAAACUGCUGGAGGGGUUGGAUUAUCUCACCGCACCGAACCCUCCGUCCGUGCGUGAGGAGCUCUGCACGGCCUCCCACGACACCAUCACAGUCCACUGGAUCUCGGAGGAUGAGUUCAGCGUCAGCUCCUAUGAGCUCCAGUACACCAUCUUCACCGGGCAAGCCAACUUCAUCAGUCUCUACAACUCCAUGGACAGCUGGAUGAUCGUCCCCAACAUCAAGCAGAACCACUACACGGUGCACGGGCUGCAGAGUGGCACCCGCUACAUCUUCCUGGUCAAGGCCAUCAACCAGGCGGGCAGCAGGAACAGCGAGCCUGCCCGGCUCAAGACCAACAGUCAGCCUUUUAAGCUGGACCCCAAGAUGGCCCACAAGAAGUUGAAGAUCUCCAACGAUGGGCUGCAGAUGGAGAAGGACGAGAGCUCCCUGAAGAAGAGCCACACGCCCGAGAGGUUCAGCGGGACCGGGUGCUACGGUGCGGCGGGCAACGUCUUCAUCGACAGCGGCUGCCACUACUGGGAGGUGGUGGUGGGCUCCUCCACGUGGUACGCCAUCGGCGUGGCUUACAAGUCGGCUCCCAAGAAUGAGUGGAUCGGGAAGAACUCCUCCUCUUGGGUCUUCUCCCGCUGCAACAACAACUUCGUGGUGAGGCACAACAACAAGGAGAUGCUGGUGGAGGUGCACCCGCAGAUGAAGCGCCUCGGCGUCCUCCUGGAUUACGACAACAACGCGCUCUCCUUCUACGACCCGGCCAACUCCCUGCACCUCCACACCUUCGAGGUCUCCUUCAUCCUCCCGGUGUGCCCCACGUUCACUAUCUGGAACAAAUCCUUGAUGAUCCUCUCGGGUCUUCCUGCCCCGGACUUCAUAGAUUACCCAGAGCAGCAGGAGUGUAACUGCAGGCCCCAGGAGUCCCCGUACGUAUCAGGGAUGAAAGCCUGUCACUAGGAGCGACCCUGCCCCACGGUGGUACCAGUGAUGUGGGCUGGGGCUGGCAGUGGGCACCAGGAGCCCUCCGAGCCAUGGAGCGGCCACAAUGCUCCAACAGGAGGGCACCCACCUGCAGCUCGUUUUAUUUUUAAGGGGAAAACGAAAGAACCUCUGAAAAUAAACUCCUGUUGGGCAGCCCCACGUGUGCACGCCAGGCUCCUGCAGCAUCUCCGUGGCUCUACCCAGGCAGAUCGUCACGUGGAUGGUUUUGUUUCCCUGCGUCCAGGAUGGGCCUUUGGGUGACGUUCUCAGGUGCCGUGGUGGUCAGGGGGGUGUCCGGCGCAUCCCUGCGGGUUGGGGCUGCAGGGAUUGGCUUUCUGGAGACCGUGAGAGGCAGGUGGGAUCUGAGCGUUGUUUUAUGGGGAGAGCUCUGCGUUUGGCCAACAUUUGGCAGCUUGCCUGGGUCUGUGGUCCCCAUCCCUCCGGCCCAUCGCUUGUCUUAUGGGAGGUCCCGUUUCACCAGGGAGGCCCCAAAUGAGUGUUUCCUAGGAGCUGGGUGAGGUGCUUCGUGCCUCCGGCACAGAUGCUCCUCUGUUGGCUUUGUGUCCGCUGUCCCUGCAGACAGAACGCAGCCCCCGUGCUGAGCAGAGGUGCUCCAAGGCCACCUCCGUGCUUUCUGACCCAAAAGCUCAAUUUCAGACCCCAGAAUCUUGGCGCUCACUUUGUUCCCCGCCAUGGUGAAGCCAUCCUGUUUGCUCCGUGGCAAAGGAGUCCUGGUGCCCCAGUGAGCUGCCGCCAGUGCUCCCAGUACCCCAAGCACCGAGCUGGGACCGGCGAGGCCAUGGGGCAGCGUGGCAGCAUGGGAUGUGCUGAUGCACAAGCUUUGGUUCGUAGUGUUGAAAAUUCCUUUUUUUCCUUCUGGUCUUACCUUGGUGGCAUCACACGUUGACCAAAGCUGAGACCGCCCAGCUCUGCCCGUCCUUUCCUUGCCUUUUCUUUUAUUGUUGUUGCGAUGGGGAGAGACCCUUGGACAUUGCUGAUAGGAAACUACCUCAAAGCCCAGCCCCAGAGGGGCGGGUGGCCGGCUCAGACAGCACGACAGCA